AUGAAAUGUGUAGAUGGUGAAGAACUUGAGUUGAUAAAUAUCGCUACCUUUAGCAACCUCGAAAAAGUUGUAAGAAUCAUGGCGUGGGUAGUGCGAUAUUUGAACUGUUUAAAGAAAGUUAAGCCGAAUAUGGACACUUUGACUGCAGAAGAGCUCCGAAAUUCUGAAGAUAUACUAGUAAAACUUACUCAAGCAAAAUUCUUUGAAAGUGAGAUACGAGCUCUCCAAUCUAGUUUGCCUAUUCCAGCUUCUUCUACUAUUUUCAAUUUAGCUCCUUAUCUUGAUGAAAAAGGUAUCUUGAGAAUCACAGGAAGAUUGGACGAAGGAGAUUAUUCUUUUGAUGAGAAAAAGCCUAUAAUCAUACCAAGACAGUCUAAAUUUACAGAGUUGCCUGUCAAGCGAGAACACGAAAAUGUAUUUCAUUCUGGAGUAGAGAGCACUCUAGUACAAAUUCGGAGAAGAUUUUGGGUGCCUAAAGGAAGACAAUUAAUAAAAAAGGUUGUCUCGAAAUGUUUGAUUUGUCGCAGAUACACAGCCAAGCCUUCUACCCAAAUGACUGGACAGCUUCCAAAAGAUCCAAUUAGUGAAACUCCUGCUUUUACUGUAUGCGGAAUUGAUUUUGCCGGACCAAUCUACAUCAAGGGUGAAAAUGGAAUAAAGAAAUCAUAUAUAGCCUUGUUCACAUGCGCAGUCACGAGAGCAAUACAUCUUGAAUUAGUCUCAGACAUGUCUACUUCAACUUUUCUGCUCGCAUUCAGAAGAUUUCUCUCUAGAAGAGGUGGUUGUCAUACAAUCUACUCCGACAACGCCAAGACUUUUAAAUGUACUGAUAAAGAGCUUCAGAGAUUAUUUGAUAUUUUGGAAAAUUCCGAAUUCAAAAACUUUCUUGCUGCUAAAAGAAUAUCCUGGAAAUUCAUCGUCCAACUUGCCCCUUGGUGGGGAGGAUUUUAUGAAAGAUUGGUAAAAAGUGUCAAAGAGCCUCUAAAGAAAAUACUUCGAAAAGCUCUCUUAAAUUUUGAAGAGAUGACCACUAUAUUGACUGAAAUCGAAACCAUCGUUAAUCUUCGACCCUUGUCCUACGUCACUAACGAAAUUGGUGAACCGGAAAUUCUUACCCCAUCACAAUUUUUAACCCCUGGUAAAGAAAAGGCAGAGUAUCCAGCCCAUUUCAUAGAAACCAUCCAUAGAGAAUCCACCAAAAAGAUUCUUAUAAAAAGAAAAGAAUACCAAGCUACAUUAUUGGCUAAUUUAUGGAAGCGCUGGAAGGAGCGCUAUUUGUUUAAUUUGAGAUCUGCACACAACUUUACUUCUCCUAACCUAACAAAAUGUUUGAAAGUGGGAGAUGUGGUUUUGAUGGAGGGCACCACAAAAUCAAAACUAUUAUGGGACAUAGGUAUUAUAACAAAAGUAUUUCAAGGGCGUGAUGGACUUGUAAGAUCUUGCCUUAUUCGCAAAUCCAACGGCGAAUAUAAACGCCCAGUACAACUUAUUUAUCCUUUAGAACUCAAUGACUGA